UGCCACCUGCCAAAGUGCCAAGUGCCAACAAUAAUCGGACGAUAACGACAGAUGGGCUGUGAUCACGAUAAUAAGUCUAAAUUUACUAAAAAUUAUUAAUUAGACUUUUUUAUUAAAUAUGUGCAUAAUUUAUAAAUGAUCAUUACAGAAAAUUAAUAUAUUCAAUAAAACUUUGCAUUUGGUUUUUCCGUAAGGUUAUUAAAUGCGGAUCAAGUACACGUAUGCAGUAUUUGUGUUCGAAGUUUGUGUUUUUUACGUAGUUUAAAAUGAAAUAACUUAAAAUACAACAAAAUUUAACGUUAUAAUGUUACCUUUGACUCAAAAAGAUACGCGACAUUCGCGCGGUGGCGUUACCGGUAUCCCGGAAAAAUUUGGCAACUGGUUUAGACUCAUUUAUUCAGACAAAAACUCAAGGAAUUUAUUCCUCUUCCUCUUACUUAACUUAUCUUUUGCAUUCGUCGAACUGUUCUAUGGGAUAUGGACCAAUAGUUUGGGUUUGAUAUCCGAUGCAUUUCAUAUGUUUUUUGAUUGUACUGGAUUGGUAGCUGGUUUGGCUGCAUCCCUGAUAUCAAAAUGGAGAGCAAAUGAACGGUACUCCUAUGGUUAUGCAAGAGCAGAGGUGCUAGCUGGCUUUGUUAAUGGCCUGUUCCUAUUGUUUAUCGCAUUCUUCAUAAUGAGUGAGGCAGUGGAAAGAGCUAUUGAACCACCUGAGGUGAAGCAUGAGCGUCUUCUUUUGGUGUCAGUUCUUGGGUUCUUGGUGAACCUCGUUGGUAUAUAUGCUUUCCAUCAUGGCCACGGCCACGGUCACGGUGGUCACGGCCACUCGCACGGCGGCCACGGUCACUCGCACAACCACGACCACGGCCACUCGCACGACGACAUCGAGGCGCCCACGGGCGCGGGUUCAGCCAUCAUGCGCGGAGUGUUCCUCCACGUCCUGGCGGAUACGCUAGGUUCCGUCGGAGUGAUAAUAUCCGCUAUCCUUAUGCGAAUGUUCGGCUGGAUGAGAGCAGAUCCGAUUUGUUCGAUGGCUAUCGCGCUGUUGAUCGCCGCGAGUGUGAUUCCUCUAGUGCGGGAUUCGGCGGGAGUGUUGAUGCAAAGGACGCCGACCUCGAUCGAACGCGCGUUACCGAAUCUUUUCACGCGCGUCGUGGGCUUGGCCGGCGUGCACGCGGUGCAGGAGCCGCACUUCUGGACUCUGUGUAGUGACGUUCACGUAGGUGCUAUAAAGCUGGAGGUGGCGAGGGAGGUAGACCCGCGGUAUGUCACGGAACAAGCUGCUAGAAUAUUCCGAGAGGCGGGCGUGAAACAUUUAACAGUACAAUUAGACUAUUCUCCGCUCUGAUGAGAACCCGUGUACAGUUUGGUUGUUUGAUUUUGUAUAUAAGAUAGAGUAAAUGAGUGUUAUAUAGCAUUUGCACAUACAUGAGUGUCUAAAUUUUAUUUAUAUACUGAGACGGACGGACUGAGUAACUCACGAAUUUGACCAUUUGACAAAGGAUAAAAAAUAUGUGCAGUUUCAUUUCAUUAGUAUGCAUGACUAGACCUCUGCAAUAACUACUAUUUCGUUCGAAUUUUUUAAUAGGCAAAGACUUUAGGAAUCGUAAGAGGGUUGCCUUGAGUAAUAAUCAUAUAACACUUACCAAAAAAUCGUUUUCAACACUAUAAAACCAAUUCGUUUUUCUGAGUUCUGUUCUGUCUAAAUUAUAUUUAGAUUGUAGAUUCAACUGGAAAGACUAACGUGUUUUGUAAUAAGUAAUUUAAUAUGCAGUGCUCAGAUUAUGUUACCAAGUUACAGAAAGAAGUCGUAACAAAACUUAAAAAACUCGGGUCAACUAGAAAAUUUUCUUACAUUUUGUAUUAUUAUAAGAAAUAGCAGGUACAAAAGACCAAAAAGUUAUUUGGCAAAUGUAUAUGAAGGCAUAGCUUUAAUAUUUUCAUCGAAAGUCGGAGAUAUGUUGGGAUUUGGGAUGUUCCACUUUUUUUUAAUAAAUUAUAUAAUAAAUUGCGUUAAUCAUGUUCAAAAUUCAAUAUAAAGUGAAUGGAUAAUUAGGUAAUCAUUCAAUGAGAUUGUUUUAAACUCAUAAGUCGGUUAACAGACCGAAAUCCUAUGCAAUAACAUAUUGUAUGUCAUAUAAAAAUAUGUAUUUGAUGAUUUUAAUUCUAGGAAUAUAUGAUAUGUGAAAAACAAAAUCAUUUUCAUGUACACAUUUUACUUUAAAUGCUUUCUAUUUUUACUUUUAUAUUUUUGUAAUUGUUCUACAUUCCAUGCAAUUAUAUUUAUUUAUAGUUUUCGUUGCUUAUAUAUUUCCUUACGAAUAACUUAAUAUAUGCACAUUAAUGUAAUGUACAAAACCAUAUUAUGAAAUUUCUUAAUAACAGAAUGGUUGAGAGGAGUAUUGUUCUUAUAUUGAUUGUUUGUUACGUUACUUAUCUAUGAGAAAAAGUAUGUGUAUAUAUUUAUGUAAUGUUUAUUUAAAUAUAUAAUUUUAAUACAAGUGGUUGCAAGUAUGCAUUUACAAAAUUCCUUCUUACCGAUAGGUACAUGCCGAUAGUAAGGUUAAGGACUCAAUAUUGUAAUUAGAGAAAAGUAAUCAAAUUAUUUCUAUAAUUAUUACCAUUUAGUAUUUGACUUAAAUAAAAAUUGCAUUUAAACUGACAGUUUAAAAUUUUAUGAUAGUGAGAACAAUCACACUAAAAUAAUAAAUUUGAAAUUAAUAAUUUGCAAACUUUUUUUAAUGAAUUAAAUAAAAAAAAGCGCACUUUGUGCGGGAAAUUGGAAUUACCGGGUACAACAAACUAUUAUUGUACUAAUGGUAUUGUCAUUGAUAUGUUGCCAGUAGCGAAAUCAAUUUUAAUUUAUAUGUAUUAACUUAUAAUUUGGCACUUUUUAAUAGUUCUUGUCUUAAGUGAAAAUCAACAAAAAAUCUUAUUUAUAAAAGUGUGUAUUGAAGUUUAAUUAUGCAGGCGAGUUUAUUUUAGUGAAACCUAGUACUAAAUCAAAUGUAUGAACACUAAUUUGCAGCAUUUAGCUCUUGGGGAUAUAAAAUAUUGUCACAAAAAAAAUAGAAUUAAUAUAAUAUGAAUUCGCAAAU